CUGAGCAUUUCCACCUCGCGGUCGCCGGGGGCGAAGCAUUGCUACGCAACUCGCACCGUCCCGCGCCUCUCUUUACCCGCUCCCCCACCUUUCGUUUGCCCCCCGCUUCUAUCCUCUCGUCGCCUCUCCCGCGCCGACCACCUGUUCGACCCAACUCCCCAUCCUCCACCUGUCCACCUGCCCCCGCCGCAUCCCAAUGGCGACCGCCGCCGCGUCCGUGGCGCCGCCCUCCACCUCGACCUCCUCGGUGCUCCUGCUCCGCCGUCUCCCGUCCCCGGCGCCCGCCUUCGCCCGGCGCCUCGGCCCGCCAUCGCUUCCGCCGCGCCGCGCGCGCCUGCUCCUCCAGGUCGCGCUCACCAGCGAGGUGUCCUCGGACGACGUGGCAGCCGAGGAGGCCGCGGCCGCGCCCAAGAUCGGAAAGCGGGUGCGCGUCACGGAGCCGCUCCGCGUCUACCACGUCCUCAAGGCGCCCGACCUGGACAUCCAGGGCAUGGAGGGCGUCAUCAAGCAGUACGUCUGCGUCUGGAAGGGCAAGCGCAUCACGGCCAACUUCCCCUUCAAGGUCGAGUUCCAGCUCGCCGUGGAGGGACAGGCCAAGCCCGUCCGGUUCUUCGUCCACCUCCGCGAGGACGAGUUCGAGUUCGUCGACGAAGAGUGACGGCCUGGAGUGAGUGCGUUCGUGCCUGUGGACAAGUAAGCGGUAGCGCCGUUCUUAUAGAAUAAUCAUGGCCGCGGCGGUGGCUUGUGUAUAUUGCUUCCGGCGUGCAGUGACAGGGAUGCAAAGAGGGUAGGAACUUGGAAAGGCAUGGCGAGCUGUUUGCUUGCUUGCUGUUGUGCUGCUCUUCCUCCUUCCGUUCGACAUCUAUUUUUCAGAUGUGGGUAAUUGUUCGGAUGUUGAUGAUGACGAUAGUUAUAAUUGUGAUAAUUUUGUUGCCGUGCUUAGUUAUUUUGUUGAUCGUUCCAAGAAAUUUGUUUGUCUGAUUGGUACAAUAUGCAAUUAUGCAUUGCUGCUGGGAAUUACAGUGCAACUUUGGACUGUUA